AUGAUUUCAACAGAAUCUAAAUUUUAUUCUUCAAAAAAUUCAAUUUAUGAAUCUUUACAAGUACGAACUAAUAAACAUCGUUGUUUUGUUUUUUGCAUUGGACAUACAUCAUUAACAUGUGUACCAGGUAUUGGUCAGAAAAAUAAAUAUUUAUUAAAUCAAUCUGGUAUAUAUGAUUUAACAACACUCUAUUCAAAAUAUCAUUCAAUAAAUAAUAUUGCAAAUUUUAAACAAUGGUUAGAAUAUGAUAUUGGUUUUACGUCAUAUCAAGCAAAAAUGACAACAUGUGGACUUAGUUCAAAAUUAGGAAAAAUUAAAGAAUUAAAUACAGGUUUAAUACCAAUUUGUUGUUCAACAAAAGAAAGACGUAAAGAAAAAUAUAGAUUAUUAUUUAAUAAUAAAAAUAUUAAUAAACGAAAUCAAAAUAUUAAAUUAAUAAAUGGAAAAAAUAAAAAGUUAAAAAUUAAACCAGAAAAUUUGUUAACAAAUUCUUCUUAUGACGAUCAAAUAGUUUAUCUUACAGAAAAAGAGAAAGAGUUGUCGUCAAUGGAUAUCGAUUUGUUAACUACAUACAAGUAUUCUAUUGAAAAUAAAGUACCAAUUAAAAUAAUCGAUGAUCAAAUAAAAACUCAUUCUUCUUCGAGUUUCGUAUUAAACGAAAAAACAACUAAAUUACAUUCAACAACCGGUAAAAUAUUUACUUUAACUAAACAAAAAUUACAAGCAACAUUAGAUAAUUCACAAGAUAAACUUGUUUCUACUUCAAAAAUUUCACCGAAUUCAUCCAUUGGAAAUGAUUCUCCAAGAAAAUCAAUCCUACGUAGUAUACAAUCAAAAUCUAUACCUCAAUUUCAUACUAAUCUUCUCUUAGCUUCAAUAAAACAACAACAAGAACAAAUACAGAAUAAAUCAUUUCAAAUAAUAGAAUCACCAACAACUGAUUCAAGUAAAAAAUCCAAAUCAAAUGAAAUAUCAUCGAAUAAAAUAGAUAAUAAAAGUAUCUCAGCUAUUAAACGAUCUUACGCCUUAUUGCCAAUUUCAACACCAGCUAUCUUUCCAAUAAAACCAAAAUCGUUAAAAAAAUUCGAUAGUUCAGAUUCAAUACCUUUAUCUUCAGAAAAUAAUCUUACACCAAAAAUGGAUCAUCCAAUGUUAUCCAAUACUAAGUUCAAUUCUAAUAAUCCUCCAUCAAAAGAUGAAGAACUAACAUCCAAUCGAAUCAUCAACGAUGUAAAUACGCAAAAUAAAACAAUUACUUCAUUUCCCGAUAAAUUAUCGCAAGAGGAUAUAUUUAAUCAAUUUGAUUCAUCUUCGAAUAAAUCUCAACAAAAUAAAAUCGAAGAAGUAAUUGAAAAAAUUGUUUGUCAAAUAAUAAAACAAGCUUUUCAAAUUGUCAACGAAGUUAUACAACCAUCACAAAUCAAUACUAUAUCACUCACUAAAGUUGAUUUAAUAGAAUAUUCUUCUAUUCAAACACCAAUAUUUCACAUGAAAAAUUCCAAUGAUAAAGUACAAUCUAUAAUCUUAUCAUUAAGACAAGAUGAUCAACAUCGUACUAUAUCAUCGAAAUGUAUUCCAUUAGCUGAACGACUUGCUCAAGCAAAAGCAAAAAAACUAGCAACAAUUAUAGAAUCUAAUAGUAAAGAUGAUCGAUCUCUACAAUUAUUAGAACAAGAUAGUUCAGUACGAAAAAAGUGCUUUUCUCUUACCAAUGAUCGAUUAAAACAAUCAUUUACAAACACAAGUUCUCUAAGUCCAAUAAAUCAAUUUAAAAACAAAAAAAAAUCGUAUGAAAACUCGACAUCUACACAUGCUCAACAAGAGUCUAACAAUAUAUUUUUCAUCGACAAGAUGACAAAUACUUCUAUAUCAUCGGCAAAUACAGGUUCUUGA